UUGCGAUUAACAGUGAAUUGAAUACAAAAAUCCAAUUAUUGUCUCAUUUGUCGCAUAAUCGCGUGAAUUGUGUUAUCACUGAAUGAGAUAUGAAGUGCGAGUCGUUGUGAAGCACUGGUAGUCUAUUGGAAGCACUGGUAGUCUAUUGGGAGUCAAUACAACACCUCAUUCGGUCUUACCAUUUGAAGCAUUCAUACGAUUACCGGACGCACAGACACAUAGACACCAGUCCUCCAUAAUGUCAACGCCUAAGGAUAGGAUCAACACUAUUGCCAGACAUCUGCAGACAAACGCCGACCAAUUGUCCACUUCAUCCAUACCUAAGAAAAGGGAGUCGUUACUCAAGUGGAACGGAUGGGGAUAUAAGGACUCGAAGUUCGAGUUCGACGAGAAGAACCAC